GGAUAGUCAAAAGUCAAAAAAAAUGGAGUGAGAGAAAAGCAACUACUGCAACCACGACAUCAACUAGUAAAGCAAGUUGUUCUCCUGACGCCGAGAAUGUUUUGAAGCGUGUGCUCGGAAGUGGAGGUGAUAGGAGCUUUUCUACUACGAGUAAGACAACAAGCAAAGGAGCUGCACGAGUAGGUGUAGAUGAUCAAGAGCACGAAGAUUACGACCACCAAUUGGUAUUGGAGCGAUCGGAGCAAGAGAGAUUGGCUGUUUUUCUCGACGAACGCUUGACCGGCGUAAUCAAGCUUGCUCGCAAUACCCGACAACCCGGUCGUGGAGUUCCCAGUUCUUUGCUGUGGCGUCGGGUGAAUGCAAACGGUGGCGCAUUAGACGAGAGAAUGAUGGAGGCGUAUGACAAGUUGUGCAGUUUUCCUACUGGCGGAGAUGGGAUCAAUC